CCCAGUCAUCAUGAAGCUGAAUUUUUUUCUUCUCCUCUGUUGCACUGGUCUCGUCACAGUCGAUGUAUCCCACGUGCGUACAGUCCAUCAUCAAUAUUACCUGAUAAAGAUCGGCGCAACAUGGUCUGAUGCCCAGAGUUACUGCAGGGAGAAGUACACUGACCUGGCAACAGUUGUAACUGAUGAAGAUUGGAUAAGACUGAAGAACGAAGCAAUCAGUAAAGGCGUGGAAUCAUAUGUCUGGUUUGGUUUGUACAACGCUAUCGACAGCUGGCGCUGGUCCUUAAACAAGCUCCCGCUGAAGAAUGUCAUUUUCCAUAAUUGGAGCCUGGGUCACCCCAAUAAUUAUGCUGCGGAAGAAUCUUGUGGUCUAUUCAUUUCAGGUGGAUACUGGAUGGAUAUAGAUUGUACUGGUUUGAGACCCUUCAUAUGCUACAAUGCUAAUUUCAGUGGUGCUUCCAAGUUCAUCGCCAUCUCUAGUCCUUAUCUUACCUGGCUUGAUGCUCAGGCUUACUGCCGAACACAUCACACAGACUUGGCCAGCUCGCUUAACAGCUCAGAUAACAAUUACUUGUUGCAGCUGAGAGAUAUCCAGGGUGAUUCCUGGUUUGGGCUCUACAGAGACACAUGGAAUUGGUCAGAUGGGACCAUUGCUUCAAACCUGCCGUGGGGUCCUGGAGAACCUUAUAAUUCUGGAGGAAAUGAGAACUGUGCAAUGGUCGCUAGCAAUCUGUUCUAUUGUGUAUCCUGCACCAACUUGUACCAUUUCUUCUGUCACACCAUUAUACCAGUCAGGGAGCAGCAGCUUGUGAGACUGCAGGUGAAGUCUGAUGGCAGUGUGUUAGAUCCUGCUGUACAGUCGUCUAUUUUAGAGCAGAUAAAGCAGAAACUGAAAGAACAUGGCAUGUUGGAGAACACCACAGUAACCUGGAGGGUGCGGCCAGAUGGAAACAUUUUCAAGAAGAAAAACAAAAAUGAUCUGUAAUGUAAAUGUAGAUGAGUUGUAGAAAUGUUAAUGUUUAAGCUUUAAAUCAGUAGGAGGAUCAGAUUAGCCACCUCAGCAACAACUAGCAUUCAUAUGAUUGAGAUUAUUUAUUUAUUUAUUUAUUUAUUUAUUUAUUUAUUUAUUUAUUUAUUUAUUUAUUUAACAUUCUGAUUUUCCUGUAAACACUCAACAAGGUGAUGAUGGAAGGGAACAUGUUAAAAUACUGGAU